AUGGUUGGUUCCAAUGUUCUGGUUCCAGUGUCCCUCCCUGGGCCAGUUGCUCACAGCUUUUGCAGGAGGAAGACCUGGAGAGACCAGUCUGUCCGUCCAGGGAAUCCUGCUGCGAUGAGGAGGCUGAGAGUGCUUGAAGGUUGCUGCCUGUGUGUAGGUCUCCAGUCAAGACCUACGCAUCCCGGGGGCAGAAGCAGGGUGAUGGGUUCUGUCCCUGCGGCUGGCCCCACCGUUGCUGCCGUUGUGACUUCUCUGCUGGAGCGUCUACAAGACAACAAGGGUGACCGAGUGCAGACUUACCGCCAGCUGGAGAGCGCCUUGCAGGGAGGUGACGGCCGUUUGCAGAGCGGUGUCUUGAACCGCCUGAUAGCUGAAGCGUCUGGUGACAUAAGAGCCGCCCAGGGUGUGACCGAUGACGUGAGGACAGCCGCUAGUGACAUCCUGGUGGCUCUGGCUGGCUCCCACUUCCAUUUUGUGAUGUCCGAGCUCCAGGGACACCUGAACGCCAUGGGGGGAAGCUCUGAGGAAUUUGUCUUUGUCACCCUGGGCAAACUUGCCAGCAGCUACGCCCUGCGAUGCAUCCCCUUUGCCGGAAUGACGCUGCUCGCCCUCCACGCUGUGCUGAGCCAAGUGGGGAGCGGACGGGUCCGGCGUGCCGUCUGCGGUGUUCUGGAGCAAUGGUUGAAAGGGGUGAAGACUUACAUCCACUCCUGGGACAAAUGCCCCUUCCCUCGCAUCGGGGAAGCGCAGUUCUGCGAACGCAUUUACCCCCUCUAUUGCUACGUGGUGCAAAACUGGCUGGGCUGUGAGGAGGAAGAGGACAAGCAAGCUGUCCUCAGGGCGGUGGCUGCCAUGAUUGGCGUCCUCCUGCACGAGGAGCAGCACCGAGAAUACGCCUGGGAUCAGCUCGUCCUGUACCAAGACACUUUCUGGGCGACCAAGGACUGGACAAUGGAGGAGCCCUGGGACUCCACAGUGUCCCAAGUGUCUCUCGGUCUGGUGCAGUUGAGGAAGCUGAAGCCAUCUUUGAGCAGGGAGGAAAGCUGCAACCUGCUGGCUGAGUGCUGCCACACCAUCUUAUCCUUUCCUUCCAAAGAGGAGACGGAAGGGAGAGGGAAGACAGCGAGGCAAACUCGGAACAUACAGACUCUGCACAUGUUGUGCUUGGAAGGUCUGGGCCGGAUUAUAGUAGCCCUUCUCAAGGCAGAGGUGACCUCUACCUGCUUCGAGGACAUGGUCCAUGUCCUGCAGCGCUGGCUCGCCUCGGCCAAAGCGUGGGAGCGGGAGAGGGCCUUGCAGGUCUGCGCCCAGCUGCUGGGUGAUUGCGAGGAGCGAUUCGAGGUCAUGAGAGGAUGCGCUUGCAAGCAGUUUGGCUUCUUGGUGAGGCUGCUGGGACCUCUGACUACUGAAUCCCUGGCCGCAUCCCGACGCUGGGCAGGGGUCUGCCUGGGUCACCUUCUCCAAAUGCAAGCCAAGACCAGGAAUGUGGCACCCGAGGCGGGUGACAUUGCGUGCCUGCGUAAAGGGCUGGAUGCCACCGACGACGUGCCUCUGCUUGAGACCUCUUACGAAAUAGCAAAGACUGUCUGCAAGUAUUUUCCCCCAGCACAGGCCGCAGACUUCAUGAGCACCAUCACGGAAAGCCUGAAGUGUACCAGAGACGAGCGUGCAUGGGCCGCGGAGGUGUGGAUGACUACCUUUCUGGAAGAAUGUGGACAGCUAAUAUAUCAGGAGGUGCCAGAAGUCCUGCACGUCCUUUACAGCCGCUUGCAGACCAUGCAAGAGAACACCCACAGGCCCCUCCUGCUCCUGGCAGUGUAUGUCCUGGCCUGCUUUCACCAUGAGCCUGUGGUCGACAGCCUCCUCCAGAAACGUCUGCCCCUGGACAGGGAUGCGAUGGAGCUGUGGAGCAUCCUGGGGAGAAGCAGCCUUGGGGUUCAGGUCCUGAAGUACUUAACACAGAAAUUAGAGGCAGCGGGAGAGAACAGCCCUGGGCCCCACUCUGCUGCUCACGAACUGGACCACAGCCAGGCUGCUCUGGAGUCCCUCACGCUCCCCCGUGCCAUCUCCGAGGUGGUGUUCAUGCUGCCAGCCAAGGAAAGGGUCCAGCGCCUGCUUCCCCGUCUCCUUCCUGGCCUCCUGGGUGAGAUCAGCAAGGCGCUGGGUGAGGGGAUGCUGCUUGCCCCUCUAAGAUGCCAGAGAGGGCUCUUCUUACCAGCAUUUUAG